UGGCAUCCGCAACUACACACGUGGUACCAAGGUUGCUUGGACACGUUUGACCGGCUUAUCAACUAUCAAAACAAAUAAAAAAAAGUUUUUUUUUGUUUAUUAUUGUGAUUUUGAUUUAAUGUCUUUCCUCCCAUCCGACUGCCCCUUUCCGGCUCGACACCUGUUCGUUCUUUACGGCUGGAGCGAUCGAUCUUUGUCGUGCUUCUAACCCAGUAGCGAGAUUGCUGAACAAGAGCUGACGAAGAUUGUGGAGUUUGACUGGGGUUCUAGGAGUUUGUCUGCUUGGAUUCGCAUAUAUAUUUUGCAUUCAUCUGUUCAGAAUGGAUAGGCUUAAGUUAGCAGCCUUAGGAGAGCGGUUGAAGAUUGGAGGUGAGCGCCUGAAAAUGGGAGGUGCUGAAAUGGGUAGAAAAGUUAGUGGGAAGAUGAAAGAGAUUCUCCAAGGCCAGUCACAAGAGGCAAAAAUGGUUGAUGAAGCAACAUCAGAUAGCUUGGAGGAGCCAAACUGGGGUCUAAAUUUGAGGAUCUGUGGGUUGCUUAAUAGUGAUGAGUUCAAUGGGUCUGAAGUUGUGAGGGCAAUAAAGAAGAAGAUUGCUGGCAAGAACGCUAUAAGCCAAAAGCUGAGUCUUGAUCUGUUGGAGGCUUGUGCUAUGAAUUGUGAUAAGGUUUUCUCUGAAGUGGCUUCUGAGAAGGUGUUGGAUGACAUGGUGAGGUUGAUUGAUAAUCCACAGACACAUUAUGCUAAUACACAGAGAGCUUUGCAGCUGAUCGAGGCAUGGGGUGAGUCUGAUGAUCUUGGAUAUCUACCUGUUUUCAAACAGACUUAUAUGAGUUUGAAGGCAAGGAGAGCACCAGGUACUAUGCAGGAUGAUAAUUCGGCUUCAUUAUUUUCCUCCUCUGAACCAGGCUUUAAUGAUCAUUCAUUGAUUGGUCCCGAACAUUAUCCCUAUGCCCACAUGGAUCACCAGAAGAGGGAGGCAGGUGAACUUGCCUAUCACAGUGUGGCCCUUUCCAUGGAAGAAAAGAAGCAAAUUCUUGUGGUAACUCGGAACAGCAUUGAGAUUCUUUCUUCAAUAUUUAACUCUGAAACACAAGAAAAAGCCACCAAGGAUGAUCUGAUGCUGAGUAUGGUGGCGAAGUGCAAAGAAUCGCAACCUGUUAUACAAAGGAUCAUCGAGAGCAUUGGUGAUGACGAGUCGAUGUUGUUCGAAGCUUUGAAUGUUCAUGAUGAGCUCCAACAGGCCCUUUCCAAGUAUGAGCAGCUCAAGCAUGCUGUUCCGCCAGAGGAUGGGCAGACCCAUGAUGAUUUGAGCACUUCAGGUGGGAAAAGUGAUGCUUCAGAUGAAAAGCUUUCCAAGUAUGAGCAGCUCGAGCAUGCUGUUCCGCCGGAGCAUGGGCAGACCCAUGAUGAUUUAAGCAGUUCAGGUGGGCGGAAAAGUGAUGGUUCAGAUGAGAAGGCAUAGAAAAGUGAAGGCAGCGGUGACAGUCGGAUGCGGCGAAGGAAUGAAUUCAAUUUCCCGAUCGGUCAAUGAUGAAGAGCUUCUGUAUUUUGUAUAUAAGAGAUGAAUGUUUCGCAGGACAAAAACCAUUUGCUUUCUCUGCAUACUCUGACUGAUUGUGAAAUGAGAUAUCUUGCUUUUGUACUGCUAAAUUGUUCGGAAAUAGAUCUUAUUAUAAAACAA